AUGCUAGUAGCUGAGAUUAAUCAAAAAAAGCGAAUGAUUCAGCAACUGGAUGAAGAGAUUUUCUAUUAUCGUCACGUUAAUUCAGAGUUAACUGAAAGAGUGAACGGCACGCAAGAACGUAUGCUUAUGAGACAGAAGGAUCAAAGGCAACUGUUGGACAAUUACAAUGAACAUGUACGCUCUCGAAGAGCUACAAAUGAUGAUGUGGCGUCUAUUCACAAAAAGCUAUUAGAGCUCAAAUACAAUAUCAAGCAAUUAAGUGCAGCAUUAGUACGAAAUAAUGACUACGACCCCAUGUUGACUACACAAGCCAUCAGCAAAUUUUGGGUCAAUCUUCACGACGCUAUCAAAAGAUUAGGUGAACCAUUACCACCGCAUCGGAUUCAAAUGCUGAUCGAAAAGUUUUUGAUGGAUGUGCUUGUACAAAAUAUGAACUACAAUGCUUUUACUGGUCUCAAGAUUUCUCAACCCUAUACCCAGUUACAAAUGUGGUUUGAACGAUAUGACCCUAGUUUUUGCACACGUUUGAGACAAGAAAUAGCCAAGGUGGUUGUUCUUCAUGAUGUUCCUGGCUCUGAUGUGGCACAAGAGAUUCAGAAGCUAAACAAGCGUAUGUAUACAUCUUUGUAUACAUCACUGCUGAAGGCCUUUCCCUCAAUUGAAAAGAAUGACCAACAGUUACAACAGCAGCAGCAACAAAAAUUGGACAUGAAUGAGAAUAAACAACAACAACAUCAGUAUUCGAUCAUGCUCCGAUCAAUGGUAGAACAAGCAUCACACAUUGGUUAUGCUAUGCGUGGACAAGAAGUCGAGAUAGCUGCCGCUGCUGUUGGAGAAGGAACAGAGAUUUUUGAUUCAAAAACAAUGAUCGAUGAAGACGGGCAAACUUCAGGCAUUAUACAAUUUUGCAUAUGUCCGCCAUUCAUCUUAUAUGCUAAUCGCGUAGAACUAUUAGAGAAAGCUCGCGUCUUAUGCUUUACUCCAGUAUCUUCCAAAUAA